CGCCAAACCAGGAGCCACGGAGAACGGGAUACCCACGAUUUUGGACAGACAAACAUACAUCUGACACGAUUCUCACACUGUUACACCAUAUUGACGGCUAUAACAUCUUAAGAGAUAGCGCACUCAAGUCACUUUAUUGCGCCAAGAAAUUCGUGAGAUUCUAAUGAAUAGAUCAGACACUGUCAAAGACAAACAGCAGUCCGACUGUUGAACAGAGGAACGGUUUUUGUGGCUUUUCUUUUGGUGCCAGCUGCCGGGAUUGUUUUUGUCACUAUCUGAAGGUGCAAACAUGGAUGAAGACAGCAGAGUACCAGAGGAUCUCUCGUUGGAGGAGAGAGAUGAGCUGACCACCAUACGGCAGAGGAAGAAGGAACUCCUGGAUGACAUUGAGCGAUUAAAAUUUGAGAUAUCUGAAGUGAUGACGGAGAUUGAGCAGUUGACAAGUGUGGGAGAGAGCAAAACAACACAGAGAAACAAACAGAUUGCCGUCGGCAGGAAGAAAUUCAACAUGGAUCCCAAGAAGGGCAUCCAGUUCCUGCUGGAGAACGACCUUCUGCAGCACACGCCAGAGGACAUCGCACAGUUCCUCUACAAGGGCGAAGGCCUCAACAAAACUGUCAUCGGCGACUACCUCGGGGAAAGGGAUGAUUUCAACAUCAAGGUUCUACAGGCCUUCGUGGAGCUGCAUGAGUUUGCUGAUUUGAACCUCGUACAGGCGCUGAGGCAAUUCCUCUGGAGCUUCAGGCUGCCUGGUGAGGCCCAGAAGAUUGAUCGCAUGAUGGAGGCCUUCGCCUCUCGCUACUGCCAAUGCAACCCCGGAGUCUUCCAGUCCUCAGACACCUGCUACGUGUUGUCGUUUGCCAUCAUCAUGCUGAACACCAGCCUCCACAACCCCAACGUGCGGGACAAGCCCCCCGUGGAGCGCUUCAUCUCCAUGAACAGAGGCAUCAACGAGGGGGGAGACCUGCCAGAGGACCUGCUCAGGAAUCUCUAUGAGAGCAUUAAGAAGGAGCCGUUCAAGAUCCCCGAAGAUGACGGCAACGACCUGACACACACCUUCUUCAACCCGGACAGGGAGGGAUGGCUACUGAAGCUGGGGGGACGAGUGAAGACGUGGAAGAGGCGGUGGUUCAUUCUAACUGACAACUGCCUGUACUACUUUGAAUACACAACGGACAAGGAGCCUCGAGGAAUCAUCCCGCUGGAGAACCUCAGCAUCAGAGAAGUUGAGGAACCCCGGAAACCGAACUGUUUCGAGUUGUACAACCCGAGCCAGAAGGGCCAGGUGAUCAAGGCGUGCAAGACGGAGACAGACGGCCGGGUUGUGGAGGGCAAACACAUGGUCUACAGGAUAUCGGCCCCCACCGCCGAGGAGAAAGAGGAGUGGAUCAAGUCCAUAAAAGCCAGCAUCAGCAGGGACCCCUUCUACGACAUGCUGGCCAGCAGGAAACGCCGAGUGGCCAACAAGAAGUGACCACGUGACCGCCAGAGAGAGACAGCUCCCAGUGUCCCCCUGUCCUGACCUGACCUGACCUGUGUGUGGGUCAGAGAGAGAACACGCUCUCCUGUCUUCUCAUUCUCACUCAAGAGUGUCUCCUUGAGGAGCGAGGAGCGAAAUUGGGGCCAGGGGUGGUGGAGGAGUGGAGGAGUUGAACUUUUCCAAUUGUGGAGGGCAUUCCAUGGGGGUGGGGGUGGGUGGUGAGGCUGAAACAGAAUUUGGGUGGUGUUGGGGGUAAACCACAAAAAAAAAAAAAAUGCAAAUGUUGGGAAGGUUAUUACUUCUCGGUAAGAUUCCUAAAACUAGGAAUCGUGAAAGUGUAAAGCUGUAGUCAUUCUAUAGCCUAAAGGAAGUUCUGAUUCUGCGGUAACUUCGACUCGCGAUGAGGAUGAUUAGAAGACCUUCAUUUGAAAAUAGCCAAAUAAACAUCCUGAGAUGUGCAUUUAUUCCAUGAAACUGGACAAUCAAGUGUGGAGAUGGCUGCCUUCUCUGCACAUGUUAUUCAAUGAGCUCCUGAAGUUGAAGUUCUGAAGUUCUCCUGAAGGCUUGGGUCACAUCAAAUCAAUGAGGCUCUGCUCUGAUAAUGUAAUCUAAUGUAAUGCUGGGGGCUGGCUGCACCUUCAGCUUCUGGAAAACAUCUCUAAAAUGACAGGGACACUGUACAACUUGAGUGAGUGUAAAUUAAAUAUCUGAAGGUUUUUUGUUUGAUGUAUGAAGGUGGACUAGUGCUUGUUUGGCCUGAUAAGUACGCUAUUGGGACCAAAAAAAAAAACCCCCAUGGCGUAAGCAAUUAUUUUAGCAAGUUUUUAGAUCCAAGCAGGGAAGACGAAAUUCUCAGGGCAUCCCAUGAAGUCACUUGCAACCACAGCGCCCCUUACUGGUCACUGGUUGUAAAUUCAGUUUGGCUCCACCUUAACCAAUCAAAGAUCUUCAUCUUUGUGGCACCCGUUAGUGUGUGUUGACCAGUGACAAUGAUUUGAAAGGUAAUUUCCAUGUAAAGCAUGUUACCACCUUUAGUUACCGUCUAACGUUUUUUUUUUGGUGGCACUGGUAAUGAUUAUAUUUGUGUUGUGUUGACCAGUAGCAGCAGUUCCAUGGUCACAUAUAGGUGAAGAUUUGUCAUGGUGAAAGAAUUAGCGUUCUUUACACAACACAAGUUCAACAUUCCUCCUUUAAAACGGUUACUGUGAGAUUCACACCGGUAUCCACUCCUCCUCUUCUACUGAUGUGAAGGCGAUGAAUACAGUACACAGUAUAUACUCACAGUGGUUAUAUUAUAUCAGCUGGACUGAUGACUGGAAUACUGUGGCUCUUUAUAAGCUGUUUAGAAAAAAAGUCAUAUCUGGUUGCGUUUGUAAACGUCUGAAUAGACUGAAUGCUAAAAAUGUUAAUUGUUUUUUUUUUUCCUCGUGUGUGUAUGUAGUUCUUCAAAGCUACUUGUAUUGAUUGACCAUAAUGUUACAAAAGAACUUGUAUUUAUUUUCCAUUCUGAAAAAAAAGUUGUAAGUUAUGUGUACAUAAUGUAUAGAAACUUUUCCUUUAACCUGAUGUUUUUUUUGUAGCAUGUAUAGGUAUAGUUUUAACAUUUUUAUUAUUCGUGACUGUUUAAAUUGAACAAUGCCCAUGUACAGCGUUACGCAGUACACCAAUAACCAUUUCUCUGUUGCUGUGAUUUCAAUAUAUUAAAAGCUAUUGCAAUAUUGUUUA